AUGCUGCGCGCCAUAGCCGAGGAGCGCGGCCGCCUCAGCCUGCGCCGCGAGGUCUGCGGCCUCGGGUGCUUCAAGGAUGACCGCAUCGUCUUCUGGACUUGGAUGUUCUCUACCUACUUCAUGGAGAAGUGGGCCCCGCGGCAGGACGACAUGCUCUUCUAUGUGCGCCGGAAGCUGGCGUACGUGGGCAGCGAGGGCGCCGUCGACGGGCGGAAGGCAGCCGAGCCCGAGGUGGAGGUGGAGGUGUACCGGCGGGACUCCAAGAAGCUGCCGGGCCUCGGAGACCCUGACAUCGACUGGGAGGAAAGCGUCUGCCUGAACCUCAUCCUGCAGGAGCUGGACUACAUGGUGACGUGUGCUGUGUGCACACGAGCUGAUGGCGGGGACAUCCACGUGCAUAAGAAGAAAUCCCAGCAAGUGUUCGCAUCCCCCAGUAAACAUCCCAUGGACAGCAAAGGGGAAGAAUCCAAGAUCAGCUACCCCAACAUCUUCUUCAUGAUCGACAGCUUCGAGGAGGUGUUCAGCGACAUGACCGUGGGCGAAGGAGAGAUGGUCUGUGUGGAGCUGGUGGCCAGUGACAAAUCCAACACGUUCCAAGGGGUCAUCUUUCAGGGUUCCAUCCGCUACGAGGCGCUCAAGAAGGUGUACGACAACCGCGUGAGUGUGGCUGCCCGCAUGGCACAGAAGAUGUCCUUUGGUUUCUACAAGUACAACAACAUGGAGUUUGUGCGCAUGAAGGGGCCACAGGGCAAGGGCCACGCUGAGAUGGCGGUCAGCCGUGUGUCCACUGGUGACACGUCCCCUUGCGGGACUGAAGAGGACUCCAGCCCGGCUUCGCCCAUGCACGAGCGGGUAACGUCGUUCAGCACCCCGCCGACGCCCGAGCGCGCCCGCCGGCCCGCCUUCUUCUCUCCGUCCCUCAGGAGGAAGGCGCCCCGCGGCCGGACGGCGGAGAUGAGGAAGUCUCACUCGGCCAACGACAGCGACGAGCUCUUCCGGGAGGAGGGCGGGGCAGCCGACCUGCACAAUGCCACCAACCUGCGGUCUCGGUCCCUGUCCGGCACGGGGCGCUCCCUGGUCGGGUCCUGGCUGAAGCUGAACAGAACAGACGGGAAUUUCCUUCUUUAUGCACAUUUAACCUACGUCACUUUGCCGCUGCACCGGAUUUUAACAGACAUCCUGGAAGUACGGCAGAAGCCCAUCCUGAUGACCUAG